GCGGUGGAUGGCGCCUGCCAGGGCGUGGCCAUCCCAUGCCAUGCCACCCCCGCAAGCCCGCCCACAGCAGCGACCCCGGACAAGGACCAGGGUAGACGCGCUGCUGCUUACAUGCUGCUGCCCCAGCCCGUCCCCAUUCUUCCGCACACCCUUUUCUACCUCGUCGUGGUCCUUAUGCACCCGCCCUGCCCGCUUCUGUUCCACUACUUCGACACGGUCACAACGACUGACUACACACACUGUGCCGAAUUCAUCACCCCGUCAAACUUCUCCCAAAAAGGACCGUGAGAGACCAUCGCUAUUGAGUACCGCCUAUCCAUCCGCAUGGUGACAGAACGUGACAUACCCUGUCACUCAUAGCCCUCAGGGCCCGAAACGAAACGAACUACACACUCGACCAACGCAUAGCAAAUUACCGCCACAAUGCCUGGAAUUCUACCCAUGAAAGUUAUCAAAGUCGGCUCAAACUGCCAGGCCCGCAUUGCCCAAGCAUGCGACCGGUGUCGCUCCAAGAAGAUACGCUGCGACGGCAUCAGGCCCAGCUGCACCCAAUGCACCAAUGUGGGCUUCGAGUGCAAGACUAGCGACAAGCUCAGCCGUCGUGCUUUCCCUCGAGGAUACACCGAGUCGUUAGAGGAGCGAGUGCGAGUACUAGAGGCAGAAGUGCGUGAGCUCAAGGAACUGCUUGACGAGAAGGACGAGAAGAUCGACAUGCUUUCGCGAAUGCACUCUCAUUCGCCAUCUGCAAAUUCAGCUAUGCGACGACCGUCGAUACAUUCGCCAACUUCUACAGAAACUAGAGAAGACUCACAAGAGAAAGACGAGACAUUCAAAGUACAGCAGACGCCACUCCUGCUCGACGAUGCCAACGAUGAUUCGUACUUUGUGGGCAGCUCGAGUGGACGUACACUCGUUGAGGCAUUCAAGCAAAAAGCCCAAGAGACGGGCAGGCUGUCUACUACUAUCAACUCGGACGCCUUCUUCGGGGCAGGAGCGAAAGCUUCUACUCCAAAUGCCCCCAAGCGCAUCGUGUCGUUCAAGGCUCCUCCUCGUCUGGUCUCUGACCAGAUGAUUAACAUCUUUUUCCAGGAGUGGGCGCCUCUAUUUCCCGUUUUUCAUCGCCCGACUUUCCUGUCGCUGUACGAGCAAUAUGUCGCGAGUCCCGAAACUAUGCAUGACAAGAAGUCAAUCGCCAAACUCAACCUUGUCUUUGGCAUUGCUGCCCUGUCAAGCGAUCCUCGCGACGGUCAAGACGUCGAUUCAUUUGAGGCCCAGUGGCAGAGUGCCAUCGAGAGCUUCCUGAUGGAUAAUGACGUCUCAACCCUGCAAUGCCUUGUCCUUGCCCAGAUCUUUUGCCUGCUCAAGGCUGACUAUUCUCGACUACUCAAGUAUAAGGGCCUAGCUGUCGGUCUGUCACAGCGCCUUGGCUUGCAUCAGUCCCAAAAGCGCUUUGCGCUUGGUGCACUGACCAGUGAGACGAGGAAGAAGGUCUUCUGGUCGCUAUACACUGUCGACUGCCUGUCUGCUGCUCACCUCGGCCUCCCUAAGCUCAUCAGAGAGGAAGAUGUGCACUGCGAGUACCCGGUAGAUGCUGAUGAUGAAUACGUCACCGAAAAGGGAUUCCUACCCACCCUACCCGGGGAGUAUACUAAACUCUCAAGUGCCCUGGCACUGUUCCGCAUGUCGCGUAUCCUGUCGAAGGUUCUUACCGACCUAUAUCCGGCGUCGGCAUCACAUGAGAUCUCGUUCCGCACCGUAGCAUCUCUUGCCGACGAGCUCGAAGACUGGCAGACCAACCUCGCUCCCCACCUCAAGUUGACCUUUGCCCAAGACAAGCCGAGCACCAAUGUGACCAGCAGCAGAUCACCUAUUCUGUCCCUGGCUUAUCACCAUAUUCGGUCGCUUAUAUACCGUCCAGUUGUUGUUGCCAACCUUGGCGACAAGAGCUCGUCAGCUGUAGUAGCUGUGGGCGACGCCUGCAAACACAUCGUUCAGAUCGUCCAGCUGUUGGAUGAGCGCAAACUCAGCUUCUCAUUCUGCAUCAACCGUAAUGAGGUGCUCGUACAGGCUGGCUUUGGUCUUCUCUUCCAGACCUUGAAUCUGGCUCGCGAUGGAAAGCUCAUAAAGGAUUCUAACCGCCUCGUCUGUUCCGUCAUGGACAUGCUCGAGGGCGGCAGUGCAGCUGGAUUCACCGAGUUCCGUAGGGUCGGUUGCUCUAUGGUUGCUAUCCCACGUGUGGAGCAGAUGCCCGCGCCUCCCUUGUCCCGUCACAACUCUGAUGGCAACAUGGGAGCACCAAUGGACACCUUCCGAGCAACCCAGAAGUCUCUCAAAGCCAUCGCCGCUCGCUUCUCUCCCAGUGCCAUAAAGGCUCGUCAAGAAGCCCAGGAGCCCCGCCGCGCAACCUUGCCUGCCAUCUCGCCCAACAUGGGCGUGCACGCUAACCCGUCAUCAACAAGCCUGUCGUCCAUUCGCUCGGAACCACCUAUUGCCCGCUCGGAACCAACUCUCAGCCCGCUGUCGCACCGCGCAUCCUUCACUAUGCCAAACAAGCGUCGUCCAAGCCAGUCAAAUAACCAACACCGUAACAUCGACUACCUCUCGUUCGCGACGGAUCCUUUGGCUAGCUAUGCUCUUCAAGCUACCCACGGCGUGAAGAGUGAAGUCUCAACGUCCGACUGGGAGCGCCUCCUCUCGUCACUUGAUAAUGGCCAGACAAACAUAUACGAUACCAUAUACGGUGGCACACCAGCAGACGCACUCGUCGACGUCGCUCCUCUUUCCGCCAGCGGGGAUAGUAAUGUUACCUGGUCCCCGAACGUCUGGAACUGGGGCAGUGGCAACGAGCAAGCGCCGCCACCACAAAGUGUUCUUAGUUUCAGCGACGAGAGCUUGACGAGUUGUGAGGAGUUUGGCAGCGGUACUUGCGACUAUGGAUCGACACCCGGUAGCGAUAGAUUGUACACCGGUAUCAUGAUCCCGGAUAUGGGACUAGAUGGGAAUUUCGGGUUGUAAAAUAUGCGCGAUGACGGUAUACAAAAUCACGACGGUAUGAAAGGUUUAGAGUUGUUGGAGUCCUGUGGAGUCGAUGGGUUGAGCUUGGAUGUGGGUGGCUUCACUUUCGCUUUCGCUUUGAUCAAUUUUUCUUUUCAAGCACCCUGAGAUACCACGCUUCUCGCACGAGCGAGUCGAGCAAUUUUGGAGAUAGACGCGAUGUUGUCUUGGAGCAGCGUGGAGCGCUUUGGCAAAGUUCAACCUGGUUUUACGAGUUAGAUUUACUUAUGUAUUUCGAUGUGUCAUUCCUGUUCUCGGAUCAACUUCUAGCAAAUACACGCACGUCUACACAAUACACAACCACUGUGCAAGCAAACGUG